AUGACGGGGUAUGCUCCACAAAACGUGGAGUCGCCGCCAAAGAAGGGAGGAAUCGACUACUCCAAGUUCGACAAGAUCGAGGACUCUGACGACGAGAAGCCGGAGAAGGCUCCCGAGAAGCCGGCCGAGGCGGAGAAGCCUCACUGCCACAACUGCCACAAGGACGUGCAGAAACCGCUCCGAUGCGGAGUCUGCAAAAAGGUGUCCUACUGCUCACCGGCCUGUCAGAAGGAUGACUGGUCCUUUCACAAGAGAGUCUGCAAGAAGCCCGAGGAGAAGGCCAAGGCCGCCCCGAAGAAGGCGCCCGCCUCGGAAGCCAAGCGGCCGGCCAAAGAGGACCGGGUGGUGGACAACGACGAUGAUGAUGUCGGUACCUGGUACCGGCAUCGGGAGUGGAAGCCCACGGAGGAGCCCAAGAAGGAGUUCAAGCCGGUUCAGGUGGAGGCCAAGGUGGAAGCUCCCACGGAAGACUCGUCGCCUGCGAAGGCAGGUUCGGCCUGGAACGCCGCCGGGACCUGGGAGGAGAAAGAUGUCACCGAAUUCGCCCAGAAGGGUCUCCGGGAGGCGCUCAAGAGUUUCGCAGACGUGGAGGCGGCUGGUGGCGUCCUCAGUGCAUCCCCGGUGGAAGCCGUGGAGGGCGAGGCCUCCAAGCCCGUCAUACGUGGCAAGAUGCGCCACAUCUUCGAUCUCAACUUUCAGGUGAAGUUCGAGUUCAAAUGGAUGGACUCGUCAGGCCAGCGGAAGGCUGAGGGCAAGAUUGCCAUCAGCGACUUCACGAAUGACACUUUCGCGGAAGGUGUCCUUGCGGAGCCCAAUGUGGACUUAAGCUUCCGGGAGGCUCGGCUUCUGGAAGUCUCUCGGCGACAGGCCGUCGAGGCGGCCUUGGGAAACUCGUGGCCGCCGAAGCCGGGCACGCUGUUGGCGCAGGUUGGCGAGCAGAUGAAGAGUUGGAGCCAGGAUUUUGAGAAAGCUACUUGA